CAUGCACUGAGAAAAGACAGGUUUGCUCAGAUUGAUUUCACUCUUGAAUGCCACCAGCACUUGAGUUUACCAGACAGAGGGUUGCCACGUUUGUGUGAUGCAGGAUGGAUCUGUUGCCUGGUCUGCUACUUGUGUUUGUAUUAGCAUUUCAAGCUUGUUCCUCAGGCUUCCAACUACAGGGUGCUGACGGUCCACUGGUAGCCCAGCUGGGUGGUUCUGUUCUGCUGCCCUGUUCUGCUGAAACCCCCUUGCCUCUGGAGGAGCUGGAGGUGGAGUGGAGAAGGACAGACUCAGAUGCACUGGUGCACCUGUUCCAAGAGGGAGAAGUCAGACCGGAGUCACAGAACGAAGGCUACAGGGACAGAGCUCUAUUUACAGGAGAGAUUGCUAAAGGAAACUACUCUCUACUUCUCAGUAAUAUGACAACUGAAGAUGCAGGUGUAUACAGCUGCAACGUUUAUACUGGCGAGGAGUCCGGAGACGUUAGGGUGGAAGUGAAAGGUUUUGAGUAUCUCGUGGUGAAUGGAUCAGACCAGGCUGUUUCUCUACAUGUGGGUGAGAAGGUGACUCUGAAUUGUUCUGUGGACUCUCAUGCCAAACCUGAAAGGAUGGUGGUUACCUGGAAGAGGACAGACGAGAACAUUUUAGUGCUGCUUUUCCAAGAUGGUGAGGUCCUAUCAGACUCCUCACAUGAAAGAUAUCGAGGCAGAGCUGAGUUCUUCACUUCAGAGAUUCCCAAAGGCAACUUCUCACUGCGACUGAAGGAUGUCAGGACUGAAGACAAAGGAGAGUACAUCUGUGAAGCCUUCAGUGGUCCUCUUUCAGCAAACACUACUGUUACACUACAGAAAACAGACGUACCCCCAAGGAUUCUUGUAUUGAUGUUGUGCGUCCUUGUGCUUGUGUUGACUGUGGGACUUAGCAUUCCAGCAGUUAUUCAUCUGAAGAAGAAAGACACAGGCCUUAAAGCUAUGACUACACACCUUUUGCUGGUUUUCUGUCCCAACAUAAUUCUCUCCAUUGCUUUGUUCAUAUAUGGCCUGACAGUGGGUAAGACACUUGCUGCAGUCAUCAAUAUUCUAAGAAUUCUUCUGUUGUUUAAGACUGCACCCUAUCUGGAGAGAUUCUGUGAACGCAUCAAAGCAUUUAUGAAGAACUGGAAUGUAACACUUGCACAUUUAGUUGUGGCUGGAGUACUGAAUUCAGGUAAGGAGUAG